AUGGCUGCGCCCGGCCAGCCCAGUCCCCAACAGAUGGCGGCCAUGCAACAGCAGUUUGCUGCCGAAGCCGCCAAACGAGGGAUGACGCCCCAAGAGUUCGCCGCAAAGCAGCGCGAACAGUUGACCGCCGAUGCCGCAAAGCUCGGUUUGACUACAGAGCAAUAUGUUGCGCAGUUACGGAUGCGAGCAAUGCAAGCCCAUCAGCAGCAACAACAGCAGGCUCAGGCUCAAGCAGAGGGCAAACCAGCACCAGAGGGACAACAACAGGCUCAGGCGCCUGCGCCCCAACAGCACCAACAUCAAACUACACAGCAGGUUCCUGUGAAUCCCAAUAACCCUCCGGACCCAAAGGCAAUUGCCGUGGCCAACUGGCUGCGGUCGCAAAACCUCAAACCACGCACAUGUAUCAUGGACGGACAGCGCAAGGACAUGUUUAAGGUCAAGCGCGCCAUCCGAGCCAUCGAAUCCCCCGCCUACGCCAAAGCUGCGUCAAAGAAGAACUCCCUCCUUCCCCCAGUGACCGACCGCGCCUCCGCCGAGAACGUGUUCAAGCUUCUGCCACUUUCCCUUCUGGCUCUCCGAGUCAGCAAGGUCGACCCCCACGAAGGCCACAACCACGCCAAACCCAAGAACCGCACCAAGGGUCUGUGGACCGUCAAGAUCGAGCAGCACCAGGAGACCGACCCGAUGAUGCACUAUGUGUGGCUGUACGAUGGCCCGCAGUGGAAGCAAAAGGCCAUGGCCGCUGCCGUUGUCGCGGGUAUCUUCGCCGUCGUCCUGUUCCCGUUGUGGCCUAUGUUCAUGCGCCAGGGAGUGUGGUACCUGAGUGUUGGCAUGAUGGGCCUGCUAGGUCUCUUCUUUGCCAUGGCUAUCUUCCGAUUGAUUCUCUUCUGUGUCACUGUCUUUACGGUGGCUCCUGGUCUGUGGCUGUUCCCUAAUUUGUUUGAGGACGUCGGAUUCUUCGAUAGUUUCAAGCCGCUGUGGGGCUGGCAAGAGACCAAAAAGAGCAAAAAGAGCCGCAAGGCCAAGGCCACAGCCUCCGCUCCAGCUCCAGUCGCCGCUCCUACUUCCCCCUCAACUACAGCCCCUUCAGCAACUACAACCUCUGCCGAGACCUCUAUCCCGUCCACGGCCGCACCGCGACGAGGUCUCAGCGCCAGCGUGGAAGAGGUGGAUGAGUAA